AUGCCGCGCUCGCGGGGACGGGAGCAGGGGCGCUGCGGCUGCCUCGCGGGGAGGGCUCGCGGCAAAGCCGGGAUUUCGGCGCUCGUGCCGGGCGCGGGGAGCCGCUGGGGCCGCUCGCCGCCGCCGCCGCCGCCGCUGCUGCUGGGCUGGGGGCUGCUCAGCGCCUCAGCCGCCGCGGGCCAGAACUGCACAUUCCAACUGCAGGGCCCCAAUGGGACGGUCGAGAGCCCCGGGUUCCCAUAUGGCUACCCCAAUUAUGCCAACUGCACGUGGACCAUCACCGCGGAGGACCAGCACAGGAUCCAGCUCGUGUUCCAGUCCUUCGCCCUGGAGGAGGACUUUGACGUGCUGUCGGUGUUUGAUGGGCCGCCCCAGCCAGAGAACCUGCGAACCAGGCUCACAGGUUUUCAGCUGCCAGCCACCAUCGUCAGCGCAGCCACCACCCUCUCUCUGCGCCUCAUCAGUGACUACGCGGUCAGUGCCCAGGGCUUUCACGCCAGUUACGAAGGGAGAGUGAGAAGUGCAGAUAAAGAGCUGAACUGCUGCUGGGGAUUUGGGAGCAAGGUGAAGUCAGGUGAAGAGUGUCAGCACAUCACUGCUGCUGCUUCAAGGAAAAGAUCAAAAAAGGCCAACCGUCAAAGCCCAAGAUGACAGGAGAUACUAGGUGUGUAAUCCCCCGGGGCAAGAGUGUGGGCUGCGGCCGAGGACAGGAGGGAAGGGGAUCAGCUUGUGUUAAGUGCUGACUGUAUGCCAGCCACUUUACAUACAUCAUCUCAUUUAAUCCCCACAGCAGCCCCAUGGACGGACGCUGCUAUCUCCACCUGACAGGUGCUCGAGCUGUGACUCAGGGAUUUUGUGCUCAGCUUAAGGCUACUUAAGGCCAGGAAUUUUCACUUGGCUUUUCUGUUUCGAAAGACUAUACUGUU